AUGGAAGCUCUGGUCUACGAGAAUUCGCCCUUGGCUGAAUACCUACGAGGAGAAGGUGAACACGACCCAAACUGGACCGUCAGAGAGCCCGAGAAUAGAGACGACUUAUCCGAUUCGACCACUGCCGACUUCGCGCCCCGAGGAGCGUCAAGAUUCCAGACGCGUAUACGAAACAAACUCCCCAAACCCCUGAACCUCAAGGCCUCACGACAAACGGCUGCCUUGGGACGGCUAUACGAUGUCUGCGCUUCGGUCUUGAACUCGCGUCUUGGCCGGAAUGACAACGAGAGGUUCCUGGAACAAUUUGGUUACGUGAUUGUCGCCUCACAGUUAUUGAACGAACAUAGUGCCCCCUCCUACACUUCCGCCAAUGACGUUCUGUCCAAUACGGCUCCAACAGACCUCCCUACAAUAUCUACAACGUUUGGCCUACAAGGCGCGUUCGUGACGGCCUCGACCUCAUUCUCGAUUGCUUGGUUAUUACACUGGAGUCGACCUCGGACGGGAACGAGCAUCAAUCCUCGAAAAGUCGGCGUUUUGUUAGUGCUAGUCCCAGUGCUGGGGGUGCUGUUUUAUGCCUUUGCAAGACGUCAAUGGCUCAAAUACCUGCGACAUCAAGCUGUCGAUGCAGCUGCCCAUCUAAUUGGCAAUGCCCAGGGAUUUGAUUCCGCGGCGUCGGCAUCUGUAGUGUUUAUACAAGAGGUUGAACUGGUGUCGAGAGGCUACCGCAUAAGUACACCACUGCCACCGAUAAGUAGACUUGAAGACCAGACUCAGGUCCGGCGGUGCCUGAGACUUCGUCGCACCGUAUCCGAAUGCUUCUAUUCCAUGCUAGACCACUAUAUCCGGGCGCAGCAUACACUAGAACCGUUAUCAGACAGCUCCAACCUUGCGAAAUAUUACGACAUUUAUGACAUUUCACCGGAAGAACUGGCGGAGAUUGAAACCGCGUUUGGUGAUCGAGAAACAGAAGACCAGUUUUCUUUACGAGGCCUUCGAACACUUUUUGGGCGGCUAUAUCUUGUCAGAAAGAGCAUUCUUUGCUGUCUUUUGGCGCUCGGGGCAGACGGAGGCGGCUCCGAUAUUACGAGAUGGAGCACCGCGGUUGAACAGAUGCGAAAUCUAACGACAAUAACUGGCAACAGCAUGCAAAGGAUGACUCGUAUUCUCAACGAAGAAGAUAGUACGGCCGAUGCUAUACCGCCAUCGCCACUCCCAACGGCUUCUCCAGGCAAAGAACGCCUUCGUUCUCAGUUUCGGAAACUGAACUCGCUUUCGCAAGGGAUUCGUGCCCUUCACGCAAAGAUGCACAUCUUCAAGGAAGCAUCUACCGGCGAUUUAGAUCGUACUGACACUAGUGAGCUAGAAGCGACACUCUUGACUCAGUAUGAAUCCAUCGGAACCGAUAUCAAGAGCUUACUACAAGAAUGGGAAGCCGGCAAGGCUAGUCUCACGAGUUUGGACAAGGAGACCAACUCCUCUCGCUCACGGCCGCCCAGUGGGCUUUUCCCCCUAUCACCUACACCUAGCCUGGGAGGCACUACGGCGGUAGAAGGUAGUCCAUCAGAGGCGCUGAAAGCGUUGAAUGGCGAGAGCCGGCCAGUCUCAGGUAUAAACUACAACAUUGACGACGCCGAAGAGAUCUUUGAGGCUGUCGCUCUUCCAGCACGAAAGAACAAACGGCAGUCCCUGACGCGAGAAGAGCGCAUUGCACGGGUGAAAGAAGACCGAGCAAAACAGGCCGCUGCGAGAGACCGGACAGAUGCCAAUACUCACAUGCUGAAAGAGCUCGAAAUGGUCGUUGACGCCAUUAAAGAUCUCGUACAGUACUGCAACUUCGAUUGCAAUGACUCCGGAAUCGCCCUCCAGGCUAUGGACAACUCCCACGUUGCCCUUGUGUCCAUGCUUCUGAAGGCCGAAGGGUUCUCCCCUUACCGCUGUGACCGCAACAUCCCUAUCGGUAUCGACCUGGUCUCCUUGACCAAGGUCCUUCGCGCUGCUCAAAAUGAAGAUAUCUUGACCCUGAAGGCGGACGACUCUCCAGAUGUCGUUAACUUGAUGUUUGAGAGUGCCGAGACGGACAGACUCAGCGAAUACGACAUCAAGCUGAUGGACAUUGACCAAGAGCACUUGGCUAUCCCCGAAACAGAGUACGCUGCUACAGUGGAGAUGCCCUCAGCGGAAUUCCAACGGAUCUGCAGGGAUCUCAAUGCUCUUUCUGAAUCUGUUGUGAUCGAAGCAACGAAGGAAGGCGUCAAGUUCUCCUGCUCGGGUGACAUCGGCAGCGGUUCGGUUACCAUCCGCCAGCACACAAGCGUUGAUAAGCCUGACCAGAACGUCUCGAUCGUUCUAAGCGAACCUGUUGCCCUCACAUUCUCCCUUAAGUACUUGGUCAACUUCUGCAAGGCCACAAACCUCUCCAGCACAGUGAGCCUCUCGCUCUCCCAGGAGGUUCCUCUUCUCGUCGAGUAUGGCCUCGGAAGUGGUCACCUGAGGUUCUACCUCGCCCCCAAGAUCGGUGACGAGGAGUGA